AGGAGUCAGCGGAGCUAACGCGGACCCAAAGGCUCCGGGACGUAGAGGCCCUGCCCUUGUCAGACACAGCAGACAUGUCGGAACAAAGUAAGGAUCUGGGCGACUCCAGCUUUGCAGCCGAGGCUUCCCACGCCGAGGUGUGCAGCAGCCCUGGGGUCCCUAAGGAGGGCCCGCCGCCCGUCUCUCAGGCCGCGACCCUCGCAGAACCGCAGAACCUUCUUUUCAGCCCAUUGGACGCCCCGCAGCCCUCGCCUCCUCCCCAGGCCCUAAGCGACAAGGGGGACGCGAAGGCCCUGCAGCAGGCGGCAGAAGAAGGCCGCGCCGGCCAAGUCCAGAGCGCGGCCCAGGCCCAGCCAGGCCUGGCGCCGCCAGCCCCUGCUCAGCUGGUGCAGAAGGCUCAUGAGCUCAUGUGGUACGUGCUGGUCAAGGACCAGAAGAAGAUGAUCAUCUGGUUCCCAGACAUAGUGAAGGAUGUCAUCGGUAGCUACAAGAAAUGGUGCAGAAGCAUUCUCAAGCGCACCAGCCUCAUCCUCGCCCGGGUGUUCGGGCUACACCUGAGGCUAACCAGCCUGCACACGAUGGAGUUCUCGCUUGUGAAAGCGUUGGAGCCGGAGGAGCUGGACAGGGUGGCGUUGAGCAACCACAUGCCCAUGACAGGUCUCCUGCUGAUGAUCCUCAGCCUCAUCUACGUGAAGGGCCGCGGUGCUAGAGAGAGUGCGGUCUGGAACGUGCUGCGCAUCCUGGGGCUGCGGCCCUGGAAGAAGCACUCCACCUUUGGGGAUGUGAGAAAGCUCAUCACGGAGGAGUUUGUUCAGCAGAAUUACCUGAAGUACCAGCGCGUACCACACGUUGAGCCACCCGAGUAUGAGUUCUUCUGGGGCUCCAGAGCUAGCCGUGAAAUUACCAAGAUGCAAAUCAUGGAGUUUCUGGCUAGGGUCUUUAAGAAGGACCCCCAGGCCUGGCCUUCCCGGUACAGAGAAGCUCUCCAAGAGGCCAGAGCCCUGCGGGAGGCAGAGACCAUUGCCCACUGCCCCCGCAGCAGCGUUUCCGAGGACUAGCAAGGUCUGGAGGCAGAUUUAUUGGUCUGGCCCUCACCAGUGUUGUGGAGGGGUGGGUGGGGCAUUAGAGUAUUCAGGAUUUACAGUGCAGUAUUUCACGUGUAACCUUUGGUUUUCAGUACAGUGCUUUUAUACCUUUUAAUGCAAUGUUGUAUUCAUUUGGGUACUAUUUGGUAGUGUUUAGAUUUAUGCAUGUUUGUUUAUAAGUAAGCUCGGUGCUUUCGCUCUUGUGCUACCUUUCUUGGAUUUUUGUACCAGAGAUGUGCUAAACUUAUGAAAUACAUUGAGAAAUUUUCCAUCUUAUUCUUUUAUAUGAAACAGAUGAUGUGUAUUGGGAUAGACUGCUCGUGGAGAGUUUGGAAGAACUUGCCAGUAAAGCUGGGCAAACCAAGAGAAAUGUCAAGGCCUCUCUCUGUCCUUGCUGGGCACAGGAAAUACAUCUGUGUGGAGUUCAAUGAUUUGAACUGAAAUGGUCUCACUGUGGGCACUUGGCACACUUUACUGAACACAAAUACAGUCCCACCACCAGUAAACAUUAAAGAUCCUUCUGAUACAA